GAGAAGUAUGUGGUUCCCAUAGAAGGAAAAGGGUGGGUUUUUGCUACCCUUAAUGAUCUGUGGCGUGUUCACAAAUCAAGAUUGAAGAAACGCCAUUUUUAUAAAUACAAUACAGUACAAGAAAGAUGGACGAAUCGACCAAAUAGUGUUCCUAAUCAACAGUUCCUAGAUCUUUUGAAUUACUGGUCUCUUAAAGAUGUUCAGGAUGAAAGCAAUACGAAUAGAGAAAAUCGCAUGAAGCAUGAUGACCCACACACUCUGGGCUCGAUAUCAUUCACACUAUUGCGUCAUACAAUGACAAACGAGGAUCCCAAUAAAGAAGAGCCAUCUGAUUUCGUGAUGUAUAAGGAGUCUAGGAUGAGGUUUGUGGAUGGUCAGUGUAUGACAAAGCCUUACCCCGGCGCUGAGCAGAAUAGGCGUGUACGCCUUCGUGGUCGAGGCAUGACCAAGUCUAAAAUGAAGAAAAAUAACAAGAAGCAGUCUAGCUACAUAAUGCUAGAGGAGUUCUUGCAAAGUGUCAAAGCACAGUUGGCUCCGGAAGUAGUGUCCAUGGUACUCUCACAAAUAAAGGCAGCUAAUCCUGGGAUAAGUCUGAACAUUCCAGAGUUCUGUGUGUCCUCAAAAAAUCAAUCAUCAGGGCAUGAGGUAGAUGGGUCAAAUGGGUAAUCUUCAGCUGGAGCGCACUCGAUAUCGAAGGUAAUUUAUAUAGCUUCUCUGAUAUCAUUUGAGAGUUCUGGAAAUGGUUUUGAGCUCAUUUUUUUGCUAUAUGAAGUUUUUCUUUUGUUGCUUUGAGCGAGCUAACCUUUAAGUGCUAGAUAUGCCAGUUUGUUAUGAUCUAAUGAAAUGAAAUCAAAUGGGUUUGUUUUAACGAAAAUGUACUCUUAAAAUGUAUUUGAUUACAUGUCACCUAACACUAACUAUAACUACAGUCUACCAUUAAGUAUUCUUGUAAUAUUUUCUUGUAAACUAUUAUUACAGUCUACCAAAGGUCAAAGGAUUAAAGCAGUGUGUAUAAUACCAAGUGGAAGUGUUCUUGUACAGUGCAUGACCGCAAUUCCAAAUAGUGGAAUGCUUUCUUGGCUAUUCUAUAUAUGUGUUCUUUUAAUCCUAGAUAAUCACUAUACCAUGCUUUCAUGGGCAUCCUAUUUGUGUUAACAUUUGUUAUUUUUUUAUAAUGCUUGGUUGCAACCAUAAUUAUCCUUAAUAUAUGUAUAUUAGUAUUAAUGUUUAACGGUUUUGUAUAAGAUUAUUGUGACAUAGGAACAUCUAUGACUUUGAAGCCUUAACUUGCACUUUAUUCCUUGGAUGGCUGCAUAAAACACGGAGUUUGAAUUUGUUCAUGAAUUAAGUUUGUGUAGUGCUCUGUAACUUAUCUAACUUAUCCUAAGUAAGCCUGACUUAUCCAUGUAGUGGAGGAUUUCUCUUAAAGAGUGAUAUAACAGAGUACGGGGAAUUUGUUCGUAGCUUGAAUGCCCUUUCAGUGGAUCAGGAAUUCGAAUUGAUGUAAAUCUGAGUUGAAAAUCUUAGGAAGUCUCAGGCCUUUGUUAUUAUAUAAGUAAUUUCUUAUUAUAUAAGUAAUUAAGUUCCCCCGAAUUAGUUGUAGUUGAUUAUGGCAUGUAUCUUCCCUCCCUCAAAGUGGCAUCUUUUUAUUGAUAUUUUUAUUAGGUUAGCCUAUGCUAAUAUGCCAUCAAGUUAGCUUGUGCUU